AUGUCCAGACUUCUGAAGAUGUCCAUACAAAAUUACCUGAAGAACCUUUUAUACCAGCCUAGGCAACUACUGGCUGAAUUUCAACAGCUUGAUCAGCAGCAGUUCCAAACUGCCAUGAAGUACCUUUUCAGCAGCAGGAAGGAGCAUCUUGAAAUGGGAAACAUUUUUCUUGAUUGGGACAACACCAGAGAGAGGAUUUUUCAAAGCCCAGGAGUAAACAGGACCUUGUUCCUUAUAACACUGGAUAAAUGCUUUCUGGUUCUGAAUGCUUUGGACUGUGUGGAUAUCCUAAGCCAGGUUUUGCAUGUGUCAGCAGUGAACUAUCUCCAACCUGAUGUUGUUGGGAGUCUCCCAAACAUUCUGCUGGAGGAUGCUUUCAGAAACUUAUCAGCAGUGUUCAAGGACCUCUACGACAAAACCUCAGCAAAUACUCAGAGAGCUCUGUAUGGCUGGAUGAAGCAGAUUCUGAAAAACUCCCAUAACAUCAGUGAGUUCAAUGAAUCAACUUCUUGGGUCAGUGCAGAAAGCUUAUGGAUUUUGGGAAGAUACAUGGUCCAUCUCCCAUUAGAAGAAAUUCUGAAAAUUAGUCUCAAUGAAAUCAGACUAUUCAUUAGCUAUGACAACGCGACAAAGCAGUUGGACACAGUGUAUGAUAUCACAGCGGAGCUCGCACAGGCUUUCCUGGGAAGGAUAAACUUGUCAGGAUUUGAUAUGAGAAACACUUCGACUAUCUACAGGCAAGACUGCUUUGGUUUUCUUUUAUAG